AUGAUCGGAAAGAGCAACAAUGAUGAAUACAAAACGAAAAUAAGCGUAAAUUUGGUGGAAGGCCAUGAUUUCAUUACAAAAACAAUUGAAAUUACGAUUACCAAGGACGAUGAAGGAAACAUAAUCCCUGUUCCCAAUUUCUUUACAUGUUGCCGAAAAGGAGAUGUCGUAACAUUGAAAAUUCUUAUUUCGGGAUUCAAAGCAGGCACUCUUUCAUUGGAAAAUCUCUUGGUUCAUCAGGAGGACGGCUCAUCAACAACGAAUACCUCAUCGUUUCUUUCAAAAAUUGCAUCAUUCUUUUAUGGUGGAAAAGCAAGUGAUGCUUCUGGAUCAAGCAGUGCAUCUAUAUUUCUAACACCUCACGGAAAGAAUAGAUGCUUUCAGCGAUCUCCCCUUCAUUAUGCUUGCAGAUUUGGUCACCUAUCUUGUGUAAAGCUUCUCCUAGAUGAAAUACCACAUUUACAAUUAUCAGGUGAAACAACAGCAAAAUGGACCAUUUUGCAUGAAUGUGCAAGAUUUGGACGCACUGGUGUGCUUGCAUAUCUUUUUACCAACCCAAGAUGUGAGGAAAUUUUACGAGCAAUGUGCUCCAAAACAACAAAAUUCGGCAGCACUCCUCUCCAUCUAUGUUGCAAAUAUGGCCACACUGAAACAGCUCAAUACCUAACAAGUCAAUUUAUUCCCUAUGAUAGAGUCAAUGUUUCUCGAAAUCAGAACUUUCUUCAUGUUGCCAUUGAGGAAAAGAUGUCUGCCUUUGUAGCAGAUUUUCUGUCAAAAUUUAUUCCAACCAGUACGUCGCAUCAACUCAGUAGAAAGACAAUUGUGAGCAUUGUAGAACUGAUAUGCUCCAAGGACAGUUUCAAAACCAACAGCUUGCACUAUGCCUCUGUGAGACCAUCUGACCAAAUGUAUGAAGCACUAUUGAGAGCACUCACCAUUUUACACGAGUAUAUGGAGAAUGCAGGAAUUGUGAGAAGUCUUGUGAGCCCUGAUGUUGCUGGAAAUACGGUUCUUCACUAUGCGAUGGGAGGUAACUCAUUGAAAUGUGCCCUUCUCGUCUAUCAUUAUUAUCUUUUGAGCAUACACAGAAGUAAUCCAAAUAGUGCUGUGAGUACCGUCACUUUCCAGAAACCAACCAAUCAGGAGCUUCUUCUCUCGAAUAACAAUCCAAUGAAUAUGCAAGGCGGAACCAUGAAACAUUCACCUAUAUUCCUUGCAUGUAAAUAUGACCAUCCUUCUCUUUUGGAGACCUUUUUACUCUUCUACAAAGAUGAACAAUUUGAACCAAACCAAGAACAUCAAAAACACAUCAAAAUACUCUACGAAAAUUCUCCAUCCCUUAACACAACCUCUCUCUAUGAUUUUUUAAGAAUUAAAUCUAAGGAGGAAUUUAUUUUUGUGGUUCAAUCAUGGAAACAAAUCAAGGUGACUGAAAUUUAUGACAGAACAGGACACACGCCGGCCAGAACUGUUACUCUGGACUAUAGUGAUGAAGAAUUGCAUGACAUUUUCGAACGCUUCAAUUCUUGGAAAAUGAAUAAUUAA